UGGUUAUUCCAUAAUACUAAACAAUAGUAAUGGUCCCAAUUUCGUCUUUUUAACUUCGUCUUUUUAAUUCUCUUUCGAUCCCUCUAUUGCCAACCUCUUUUGGUACCAAGGAUAUUUGAGUGUUUUGGGGUUGAAAGAUGGAGAGUGGGUUUGGGGAAUCGACAAGCAGGCACCGCCCCAGCCCUUCUUUCUCUAGCAAUAACAAUAACAAUAACAACAGCGAUGCUGGGAAUUUUGAGUGCAAUAUUUGCUUUGAUUUAGCACAAGACCCCAUUGUCACACUCUGCGGUCACCUCUUUUGCUGGCCUUGCCUUUAUAAAUGGCUUCACAUUCACUCUCGGUCCCAAGAAUGUCCGGUUUGUAAGGCUCUUAUUGAAGAGGAGAAAUUAGUCCCUCUAUAUGGCCGAGGUAAGAACUCAACUGACCCUCGGUCUAAGUCAAUUCCUGGGAUGGAGAUUCCACACCGGCCAACGGGACAGAGGCCUGAGACAGCUCCUCCGCCGGAUCCUAACGUUAAUGGUUUUGCACAACAAGGGUUUGGAGUUAUGGGGGGCUUUGGACCAUUUGGGGGGAUUGCACCUAUGGCUACUGCGAGAUUUGGGAACUUCACAUUAUCUGCGGCCCUUGGUGGUCUAUUCCCCUCAUUUUUUAACAUUCAGGUUCAUGGAUUUCCUGAUGCCAACAUGUAUGGAGCCAGUCCUGGUUUUCCCUUUGGGUAUCCGAAUUCCUUUCAUGGUGGACAUGCUCAUGGAUUCCCGCAUCGUGGAAAUCAGCAGCAGCAGGCAGAUUCUACCCUGAAAUUUCUCCUUUUGGUGAUUGGUUUGAGUGUGCUCGUGACUCUAAUUUGGAGUUGAGGUAAAUUUAUCAUUGUAACUUGAUUUGCCGUCCAGUUUCCAGGAUUAUAUGGUUUCCUUGUAUAUUUGAUAGUGCACUUGUGUGCCUUUCCUCCGCUCUUGUACUUUCGACUUUUUUUAAUUUAGACGUCUGUUUCUGUAGUAUCAUUUGUAGUUGCAUCACUUUUAACUGUAAGGUAUCCAUGGUUGGUAACUUGUGUCACUUUUUGAAUC